AAUCGCAUCCCUAAAGAAUUUGAGUUUUGAUUGAGGCUGGUGAGCUUGACAUGUAUAGAGAUCACCGUAACGCCCGUAUGCCGAGGCCCCUCCAUCGGCCAGCUGGCGUCAGAGCCGGUCUGCGCUGCCCGCCAGGGCCCGCCCCCGCUCCCGUCCCCGCCCAGCUGCUCCUCCUCUACCCCCUCCCCGCACCUCCCGCCGAUAUCUUGGCGGGAAGACGCCCGCUGCUAAGCCGCGAAAAGAUGGGGUCGCGCUCAGCCAGCGAAGAAAAGGCGGGCUCCAGACAGCGACUCCAGGUGAAGGUGAAUGAAUAUAAAGAAAACCAAAACAUCACUUGUGUAUCUCUGAGACCAGUACAGACUACAGUUUUAGGAAAAACACCUAAGGUGUAUCUUGUCCCGUUUUCACUCAGUAAUUAUAAGUCAGACCAAUUUAAGCACCCCAAAUCCCUAUUGAAUAAGAAUGCUAACAAUGAAUUUGUAUGUAAGAAAUGUAAGAAGACUGAAAUAAGGAAAACUUGCAGGAGGAUUUUAACUCCAAAGAUGGAAGCCACAUCCUCCAAGACAGAAUCCACCUUGCAAAAAGCAUCCUUAGAUGUUUGUACUGAAAGUAACAAGCGACAACACAAGAGCACUUCAGAUACAGUGAUUCCCAGUGUUGAUAUGGAAAGCAUUCAGAAUCUAGACAGUGAUGAAGAUACCACACUAGGCCUGGAUGAAUUUUCAGGAUUGUCACCGUAUGAAAGGAAGAGACUGAAGAACAUAUCAGAAAAUGCAAACUUUUUUGCUUCUCUUCAGUUGUCUGCGUCAGCUGCAAGGCUCCGUGAAAUGAUAAAAAAGAGACAGCCUCCUGAAUCCAAAAGAAAAAUGCCUAAGAAGAGAGAAAAUGGGACUGGAUGUAGAAGGUCAAUGAGAUUACUAAAAGUAGAUCCUUCAGGAGUGUCAUUACCAGCAACUCCAACCCAGCCGACAUUAAUAGCAGAUGAAAAUCCUUUGUUACCUCCUGGGCCUUUAGAAAUGACUCCUGAAAAUCGAGAUGAUGACAACGACCUGUUUAAAGGAUUCCUACAGACUUGGGCAGAAGUGAGCAAGACAAGUAUUAAGAAUACUGAGAAGGAGUUAUCUAGCAUUAAAAACUAUAAAGCCAAUUUAAAUGGCAUGGUCAUUAAUGAAGAUACUGUUCAUAAAGUUACCAAAGGCCCAAUACUCUCUGUGGCUCUCCACCCAUCAGAAAUUAGAACUUUGGUGGCAGCUGGGGCCAAAUCUGGGCAAGUUGGACUUUGGGAUUUGCAACUGCAUAUCAGCUUAUUAAAACAGACUCACCAAUCUGAAGAAGAUGGAAUUUAUGUUUUUCAACCCCACAGUCAGCCAGUUAGCUGUCUUUACUUCUCACCUGCCAAUCCGGCUCACAUACUCUCACUGAGCUAUGAUGGCACAUUACGCUGUGGGGAUUUUUCAAGGGCUAUUUUUGAAGAGGUAUGUAGAGAUGAAAGAAGUAGCUUUUCCUCCUUUGACUUCUUGGGAGAAGAUGCUUCCACUUUAGUAGUGGGACACUGGAAUGGAAAUAUAUCGCUGGUGGAUAGACGGACACCUGGAACUUCUUAUGAGAAGCUUAUCAAUUCUUCUCUGAGAAAAAUAAGAACUGUUCAUGUCCACCCAGUGCAUAGACAGUAUUUUAUCACUGCAGGAUUGAGGGAUACUCAUAUUUAUGAUGCAAGGCACCUGAAUCCCAGGGGAAGCCAGCCUUUGAUUUCUUUGACUGAACACACAAAGAGCAUCGCUUCUGCAUAUUUUUCACCUCUUACUGGUAACAGAGUAGUGACCACAUGUGCUGAUUGUAAGCUGAGAAUCUUUGACAGCAGCUGUAUAUCCUCUCAGAUUCCUCUGCUCACUACCAUCAGGCACAACACCAUCACUGGGCGAUGGCUGACCAGGUUCCAGGCUGUGUGGGACCCUAAACAAGAAGACUGUGUCAUAGUUGGCAGCAUGGCUCAUCCACGACGGGUGGAAAUCUUCCAUGAGACAGGAAAGCAGGUGCAUUCUUUUUUUGGUGGAGAAUGCCUUGUCUCUGUGUGUUCCAUCAAUGCUAUGCACCCAACUCGGUAUAUUUUGGCUGGAGGCAAUUCCAGUGGGAAGAUACAUGUUUUUAUGAAUUAAGAAAGUUGCUGAGUGUUUGGUUUAGCAACACCAAUUUGUUCAAAUCAGUGUCUAAGGAGCCUAGUAAUUCAUGUGCCUUGGUCUGUUUACUUGUUCAUAUGUUCUUCUUAGCAAAUAUAAAAUUGCUUUAUUAGUAAGAACUGUGAGCAGAAUGUACUUUUUAGUAAGGGAGAAGGCUUUUAAGUUGUUUCUGUAGGUUGGGGAGGGAAUUUGAGGGGAGGCUAUGAUUGCUUCAGCACUUUAAUCAGGCAGUAUAUUGAGAAAUUCUAGCAUUAUAAAUUACAAAGCUUUGGUUAUUAUUAAAAGUUUUUGUGGUUUAAUGAUACGGGUUUUGAUAGUGACAUUUGGAUUUGUGGUUUAUUUUAUAGUUUGGAGUGAAUAUUUAUUUCUAGACUCAUAUACUGGAAGAGAUCCUAACUUAGUGAUUUUCAAACUUUUAAUUUUUUUAAAUAGAGAGCUCUUUUU